AUGCGAUUAACUGAACGUGAAUUUGAAAACUUAAAAAUUAGUUAUGCAGGUUCACUGGCUCAAAAACGACUCGCUCGUGGUCUACGUUUAAAUUAUCCAGAAGCGGUAGCACUUAUAUCAACACAGUGUUUAGAAUUCAUCCGCGAUGGCAAAUCUAGUUUAACUGACAUUCAACAACAGGCUAAGAAAAUUCUCGGAAAAAAUAUGGUUUUAAACGGCGUUUCACAAAUGAUCAAAGAAAUUAAUCUUGAAGCUACAUUUCCAGAUGGUGUGAAAGUCAUGACCGUUCGAAAUCCAAUAUGUAAUGAUACAGGUGACUUAGAAUUAGCUUUUUAUGGAAGUUUCCUACCAGUUCCAUCACCUGAUCUAUUUCAAAAAGAAAAUGAUACUGAAACAGGACCACAUCCAGGUGAAAUGUUCCUAAAAGACAAUCAGCCGAUUAUUAUCAAUGCUGAUCGAGAUAGCAUAUACAUCACAGUUUCAAACGAAAGUAGCGAAUUGAUAUCAAUCGGAAGCCAUUUCCAUUUCGUUGAAGCAAAUAGACAUCUAGCAUUCGAUCGCACACUCGCUUAUGGAAUGCGAUUGAAUAUUCCUGCAGGUGAUAUCUUAACGUUUAAUCCGAAUGAACAAAAAGAAGUGCCACUCAUACCUAUUGGUGGACAAAGGAUAAUUCAUGGUGGUAACGGAUUAUUCGACGGUCCUGUAAGCGAUGAAAAUCUGAAGAAGAAUCAAAAGAAUCUACGAAAAAAUAAUUUCCUACAUGUCGAUGAAAAGACUAGUAUCGAGAAGGCAAAUUCUCGUCAAACUAAAUAUCCCAUUCCUCGCGAUUUGUAUCUUGGUCGUUAUGGACCAACAACAGGCGAUCGAGUCUUGCUUGGUGAUACGAAUUUAAUCAUACAAAUUGAAAAUGAUUUAACCACUUAUGGUGAAGAAUGUGUUUUUGGUCUAGGAAAAGUUUUAAGGGAAGGUAUGGGUCAAGCGUCAAAUACACGAAAUGAUGUAGCAUUGGAUACAGUCAUAACUAAUGUUGUUAUUAUUGAUGCCGUUCUUGGUAUAGUGAAAGCGGAUGUUGGCAUUAAAGAUGGUGUAAUUGCUGGUGUUGGAAAAGCUGGUAAUCCUCAGACAAUGUCCGGUGUUACUGCGGGCAUGAUUAUUGGUGUUGGAACAGAAGUAAUUCAAGGCGAAAAUCUAAUCGUAACAGCUGGUGGGAUUGAUCCAUGCGCUUACUUUACUUCACCUGAUGUUGUCACCGAAGCGUUGAUGAGUGGUAUAACAACAAUGUUCGGUGGUGGUACAGGAAUGAAUGGUAGCGUGACGAUGGCUACACCUGGCCCGAAUCAUAUUAAACACAUGAUUCAGGCAACAGAUGAUUAUCCAAUGAACUUCGGUUUCUAUGGCAAAGGAAAUACAUCGAAGCCUGAAGGUUUAUCAAAAGAACUUGAAGAUCAAAUUGUUGCUGGUGCCAUUGGCCUACGAUUAGAUGAACGAUGGGGAGCGACGCCUUCGGCUAUCGAUACUUGCCUGCGUGUUGCUGAAUUUCAUGAUAUAAGCGUUCAUGCUGACUUUGAUAGUUUACGAGAAGCUUAUAGCUCUCCAGAUGCUGUUGGAAUCUUUCGUGAUCGUGUUGUUCUCAUUCCAUGUACAGAAACAGCAGCAGCUCGUAAUAACUUCUUUGAUCUACUUCAACAACCAAAUGUUAUCAUAACCUCAUGUAAUAACAAAGCAGCUGUUUAUCGUCAACCUGGAGAGAGUCAAAGACAACUGGCUGUAGAAGAUCUCCUUCAUGACAUUGGAGCAAUUAGUAUUAUUUCAUCAUCAUCACAAUCAGGUGGUCAUCCUGGUCGAAUCGUCUCACGAACAUGGCAAAUAGCAGACAAAAUGAAAGCUAUCACAGGCUAUUUAUCCGAAGACAAAGAAAAUUCAAACGACAAUAAUCGUGUUCGACGAUAUAUAGCUAAAUAUACAAUAAAUCCAGCAUUAACGCACGGCUGUUCUCAUGUCGUUGGUUCGAUCGAACAACAUAAAAUGGCUGAUCUUGUUCUCUGGCAGCCCAUGUUUUUUGGUGUGAAACCAGAAAUGAUCAUCAAAGGCGGCCAAAUAUCCUGGUCUCAAUCUGGUCUUGGUGUUUACGCUGACGUCAAACCCGAGCCGAUUUGUUUGAGAAAAAAAUUCGGCGCUGUUGGUCGAAGUCCAAAUGCUAAUUCCAUCGUAUUCGUCUCCAAAGCAUGUGCAGAACUGAGUGCAUCAAAUUCAUAUGGUAUAUGCAAACAUGUCGAAGCCGUCCACGAUAUUCGUAUGAUCACACGUUUGCAUAUGGUUCGAAAUGAACAGACACCAAAAGUUGACGUGGAUCAAGCAACGGGUCAGAUCACCAUCGAAAAAGAUGGAGAGAAAACUGUCAGUGAAUCAUUACCGCUCGCCACUCGCUUACCAUUAGCUCAACGUUACUUUAUAUUUUGA